AAUAUCGCAGUUAUUUAAUUUCGAUCACCAAAACACCAUCUUCCAGCUUUUUGAUUUGAACUUUCCAUCAGAAAUUAUAAUUAGCAUUCUAUAAAAACUGUUUUCACUAAACCGUCAUGAAGAACGUAAAAAUUUUAUUUAAAAAAAAAAAAACCAAAAACAAAACGAGAAUAAACCUAACAAUGCGAAGCAGACAACCGGAAACUUUCGAGAUUUUCAACAGCAUCCUUCCUUUCGUCGUUCGUGAUCAGAUCAAUGUCAUCCCAUUGUCUCUGCCGCAUAUUUCAAUGCUUCGUUUUCUUGCAUAAACGCCUUGUCCGUUUGCAAUUUAUGUUUCAUAGUUUUACGAUAAAUUACAACAGUAAACUUGUAAUUUUUUCUUCUCGCUCAAGUCGAGCACAAGAAGUCGACCCGCUGCAAGAUCUAUUUUGAUCACGUGACUGUAUUGACGGAAGUGGAGAUGUGGCUGUCUGCUGGUUGAGUUUCGUAGUGUACUUUUGCUAGAAAAGGGCAAAGAUUACGGGAACAAUUUAAUAAAUCGAGAGGCGUGGAACAAAUGAACAGAUUAUAAGAAUAAUGUGGGUGAAACCCGAAGAAGUGCUUCUCGCAAACGCCUUGUGGGCAACAGACAGAGCCAACCCUUUCUUUGUGCUGCAACGUCGCAAAGGCUAUGGGGGAGGAGGUCUUACAGGACUUCUUGUAGGCACACUGGAUACUGUGCUGGACAAUAGAACAUUACCAUACAGAAUUCUGCUGCAAACUGCUGGUUCAGAGGUCAGCUAUACUGUAGCCAUUGCCAGCAACAGGAAAGAGAUCACUCGAGAUUGGGAAUGGCUAGAGCAACAUUUGCUGCAGACUUUGGCUGCCUUUGAGAAUGAAGAAGAUGUAACUGAUUUUGUCAAAUGCAAAAUUGAGAGUCUAGUUGCCAACAAGGAACAGCCCUUGGAAGCCAGCACUCCUGAUGCUGAAGUAGAGGACUUGACAGCCUCUAGCAAGAAGUUUAUGAAGCGUUUCAACAUGCCACGUGAAGAGAAGCUUGUGAACUACUACUCGUGUAGUUACUGGAAAGGGAGCGUCCCAAGGCAAGGGUGGCUAUACCUCAGUGUCAACCAUCUGUGCUUCUACUCCCUCCUCAUGGGCCGUGAAGCCAAAGUUAUUCUGCGGUGGACUGACAUCACGAAACUUGAACGUGAUAACAACAUGAUCUUUCCAGAUACCAUUAAAGUCUCCACCCGUGAGAAGAGUUACUUCUUCUCCAUGCUGGUUCACAUUAAUGAGACAUUCAGCCUUAUGCAACAGCUGGCUAACAUUGCUAUGAAGCAGCUUAUGUUUGAAGGUGGGUUUCAAGAAGAGAGGUUCACAUCUUCAACAUCAGCAAAAAAAAAGAAAAAAGUGUCAAACCUGAAGAGAGACUUGGAUGCAAAGUCACGCAGUGAGAGAUUCAGGGCUGCUUUCAAAUUGCCAGCUACAGAAAAGUUAGAUGGAGAUGAGGACUGCAAUCUGUGGACUCCCUACAAUAAGCAGCAUGUGUCAGGUCGACUGUACAUCUCGCAGAACUUUAUCUGUUUCAUGAGCCGGGUUCAGAACUUGGUGCUCCUUGUCAUCCCCAUGUCUGAGAUCCUCGUUGCUGAAAAGAUAGAUAACUCCACUUCAGGUGGCUUUAUCACCAAUGCCAUUCUCAUCACAACAAAGGGAAAGAUGAACUUCACAUUUUCUCAGUUCAAAGAUCGCAGCUUCAUUCUGGAGAAGAUUUCUACUUUACUUUCUCGGCAAAAUGUUCCCCAAAGAUCUCUGAGUUUAACAGAAAGACAGGCAUCAAAUUCUGCAGAAGGGAAUGGAUCACUGCCUACAGAAUUUCAGCCCGCUCUCAUCAGCAUCUUCAACAAGAAAGCAAGUGAAGAUGAGAUGUCAUCCCACGAGGUUGCCAAAGAACACCUGUGGGAUUUGCACUUUUCAGAAUAUGGGAGGGGGGUUUGCAUGUAUCGAACACAUGCCACACAUGAGCUGGUUCUCAAGGGCAUCCCAGAAAAGUAUCGUGGAGAGAUGUGGAUGGUUUUUUCUGGAGCUGUGAAUGAGAUGGCCAUGCAUCCUGGCUACUAUGCCCAGCUGGUACAGCAGACUGCUGGAAAGAGUAAUUUGGCCACUGAGGAAAUUGAGCGAGAUCUUCAUAGAUCGCUGCCAGAACAUCCAGCUUUUCAGACUGAUCUUGGCAUUGGGGCUUUGCGAAGGGUGCUGACAGCUUAUGCCUGGCGUAAUCCUAACAUAGGCUACUGCCAGGCCAUGAACAUUGUAACCAGUGUGCUGUUGCUGUACGUAAGUGAAGAGGAAGCUUUCUGGCUUCUGACUGCUGUGUGUGAGAGGCUGUUGCCUGACUACUAUAACACUCGUGUUGUUGGGGCACUGGUGGAUCAAGGUGUGUUUGGUGAGCUGGUGAAAGAAUACAUUCCCAGUCUUCACCAACGACUGGAGUCUCUGGGUCUGCUGAGCAUGAUAUCCCUCUCCUGGUUCUUGACAGUUUUUCUAAGUGUGAUCCCUUUUGGUUGUGCUGUCAACAUCCUGGACUGCUUUUUCUAUGAUGGCGCUCGAGUAAUUUUCCAACUAUCGCUGACCAUUUUGGAAAAUCGGAAAGAGCAAUUGCUAAACUGCAAUGAGGAUGGAGAGGCCAUGCUCAUUCUGAAUGACUAUCUGGAGCGUAUUCACAAUCCUGACUCAUCAAGCACUCUGCCGAGACAGACAAGUCCUGGGGGUCACUAUGUACAGACAUCUGUGGGCACCUUUGUCAAAGUUCUUUCUGAGGAGGAAAAAGUAGAUGUGCGGGAUUUAGUGCAGGAGAGCUAUAAACAGUUUUGGAGCAUUAGCAAUCGUGAUAUUGACCGACUUCGCCUCAAACAUCGCCUACUUGUUGUGCAGAAAAUUGAAGACACUGUCAUGCGUAACAUUGUGCGCAGUGUUGCUUCAGACACACUGUUUGAAGGAAAGGAGCUGGAAGAGCUUUACAUUCUUUUCAAGGAGGAAUAUUUGUCCUCCUGUUAUUGGAGGACAUCACCUCAACCUGUGGAUACUUCAGACAAGUAUGACCCAUCGAGGCCAUACUAUGAACUGUACCGAGUGGACUUUGAGCAGUUCCGGACACUCUUCUUGGCCUUGGCUCCCCAGGCAACUGGACCUCGUGCACCAACAUUAGCCCUGAAAGUGUUUAGAUAUCUGGAUGCUGAUCAAGACAACAUGAUCAAUUUUAAGGAGUUUGUGUCAGUGCUUGGGGUUCUUUGUCGUGGUAACCCCACCCAGCGCUUGCGUCUCCUUUACCUUCUGCACCUGCCACCAGCCCUUCUGCCCUCUGACCCCCUUGAUGACAUGCUUGGGUCACCACAGUCAGAUGGAACAGAAGCUGGCAUGGAGGCAACAGAGUACUUUGAUGUCGAUGGAUUUGAUGAGGAUUCUUCUGCUGCUGAUGGAGGAGAUUUGGAGCUACCCAUGGUAAUAGAAUCUGAGUUUCAAGUGUUACCUAACCAAGCGACUUCUUCAUACUCCUUUAUGACUGCCAGCUCAGAAACCUCAGAAAGUAGCAGUGAAAGUGUCCUGAAGCAAGGCGAGACUUCUGGUCAGAAUCAGAUGUCAGUUCCAGACGCAUUGCAGACUCCAGACAAUGAUGGUGAGAAGCAUCCCCCAGAAGAACUUCUGCCCAAUGCCAUCUGUGGAGGACUUGGCGAGGAGACAGAGAAUGAGGUCCCACAGUUUGAGUUGUUAGGAUCCAGUGAUGGCGGUGCCAUAGCACUGACAGAAAUGGCUUCAGCGCUGACAGUAGCUGAUAAAAAGCCCAUCAGCAGAGGGAGUGUUGUUCAUAAGACAUGGGACCAGUCACCACGAAGACCAACAGACAGCUUUGAUUUUCAGAAGCUCCCACGUCUAAAUCAGAUUCAGUUCAUCCAAUUGCUGAAGACCUUGUACGACAUGUUUACGGAUCUUUCCCAAGAACAGGCAUUGUACCAUUCUCUGGCCACCGUAGGCACUUUGCUUUUGCACUUGGGAGAUGUCGGAAAGCAGUUCUACACCAAUGGCAGUGUGUCAGGGGAGACCACUGUUCUCAGCACCUCAACAUCUUCCGGCUCUUUGCUUAAUCAUCUGCCCCAUUCUACCAGUAUGGACAGUCAGGGAGAUGUAUUUACCUUCGGUUCCUUACCUUCUGACAGUGUUAUGGAUAAUCCAUCUCUAAAUAGCCAAGGAGACAAGAAGCAACCCCAGAAAAACCUGGGAGACACAGAUGUAACAGGUGAUGCUAUGGAAAGUAAAUUGUCCCCUAUUCAGGACACACAGGUGUCCUCAGAACUUCAGGCUGGAGGCGAGAGGCUGGGAAUGGGGGAAGCUGCUACCGUCACUAAGGGAGAAUACCUUGGCCUGGAAACAAGGAGAGAGAAUGUGAUGCGGCAGUCAGAUCCAGACGAUUAUGAGGAGGAGGGUAAAAUGGCUAGGUCCCCGUCAGAAAGCCAGCACAUCUCCACAUCUUCCAGUCGACCAGAUGAGACUUGGUCUAUCAGCUUCCAGCAAUUCCUGGCCACCAUGUUGACAGAGAGUGCCUUGGUACACUUUUUUGAAAUGCAGCAUGAUGUUUCCCACUCUGUUACUCGGAUGCGCAACAGACGUCUGGUCACCCAGACAAGCGUAGCUGGUCCAAAGUAGCUACCUUUGGCAAGGUCUCUGUGACUGGUAUUAAUUUAUGCAUUUUCAGUGAAGCCUAUACUGGAUGCAUGCACUGAAUUUCAGGGACACAUAAUAUUUGAGGGCAUAUCAUUGAAGGAUAUAGACCUGUAAACAUUUCAGAUGUGGGUUAAUUGGAACUCAGUCGUUUUGGCUUCAUCUAGCAUUUAUGCUCCUUAUUAAAACUCCUUUUUCUUACCCUGUCACUGGUCAUUUUUUGAUUUGAUACUUAGUUCCCUCUUGAAGUAGGUUGAGAAUCAAUUUGUGGAUGGUAUCAUUAUAAAAUCAGAAAUUGGGAAACUUUAUAAAAUGUUGAUAUAUCACCAGUUUGAGAAAUGUUAACGCUUUGUUGUCAUGGAAAUGAGUGGUUUUCUUGGACUAUGUUCAAGGUAUGAGUUUAUGACCUGGCCAAAGCCUUUACAUUAAAGAAAUGCUGCUGAAAUUUCAAAAUGGUUGCUGAGAAACAUACAACCAGCUACAAGUUGCAACAUUUCAAGCCAGUAUACUUGUACAUACAGUUAAGGUUAUGAUAAAAGGUAGCAAUUCAUUUUGUGCAUUAGAUUUGUUUAUUGCAUAUUGGAAGUUUAUGGACCUUCUGAGAUCAGUUUCUUUGCACCUUUGAUGAGGCCAACCUUUCUGUUUAGGGUGAUGACAAUUAGCAGCAGAAAUGCUACGCAGCAGUCUAUUUAUAUGCCUUCACUGUCAGUGAAUCCUCAUCAGUAAAAUCAUUGCUGUGUACUAACAAUGAAUUGUUCAAAUUUCAGGACGUUGUUUUCGUAGAAUGAUUUCUGAAAACAUGUUUAUCAGGCUCACUAUGCUGUGCUCAACAUUCUCUGUUCAACAAAAGUUGUCGUCGAAUCAUUCAGAUGUAGUUCUGUGGUGGAAACAACAAUGUUUUAUAGCAGAUAAUUAUAUUAUCUAUUAGUAGUGUAUCUUCAUUGGUUUUUCUGUAGGUCUGUUAGAAGACAGAAAGGGGCAUAGAGAAAAAUUAACAAUAAAACCACAUCUGUAAUGUUCAUUAAAAAAAUCAGUUAAUUCUUUAUUUGAAUUUAGUAGUGCACACACACAUGAAAAGUCCUUUCUCAGUGUAUAAAAUGCCAUAGGCCUUCUAUAGCAUUCUUAUUGCAUGACUCAUGAUAUUAAUCAGUCUUGUUUUUGGAUAAAAACGAUGGUAGGGCUUGCACCUUACUUUUUCAGUUAGAAAUUGAAGACCCUUGCAUGUAAUAGGACCAACUCCUUAUCUGUAAAUGGAGGAUACAUUUAUAUUUUUAUCUGAAAAUAACUGUGCAUAAAUGGAAGGGGAGCAUACCCAAUGGUGGUACAUUGUAUGUCUUUGUAAAUUUAGAACUUUUGAGCAUGUAUCCUGUAUUUGUAACGCUGUUCAGAUCUCAAAGAGCUUGUAUUGUUCAUUGUCCUAUCUUCAAGAUGCUUAUGUGGUUUGAUCACAGAAUUUUUGUGUGGUUGUGGUCUCUGGAUUUUCCAUUUUAAAAGCACAAAUGAAUGAUGGGUUCAGUGGGCUAGUACUUGCCUUUUGUUCUACGUUCAAAGACCAGCAUAUGUAUAUCUUCAGGAGAGACAAAUACUUAGAGCCUUCUGAAGUUUGUGGGGUUUUGGCAGUUUCCUUGGAUUUUCCCAUAAAGCUGACUAGUUCCAAGCUAAACAUUACCUUUCUGCCACACAGCUUGCAUUUGCAGAGUAUUCAAAUUCAGUUGUUCAUUCAAAUAUUUCUUGGGAUUUUAAAUUGUUUGAUGUCUUAGUUUUUAAUUUUAUUGAUCCUUGAAAUGCGAGCUGAUAGAAUAGUGCUUCAGUUAUUGUUAAUGAUGUUGCUAUAUCUAGUAUAUGAUGUUUGGUGAUGGGACCUGUGAACCUCAGUUUUUACUAGCAUGUGUAUUUGUAUUCAUAAGUGGUGGCAACACUAGAGGUUUCUAAUUCACUCAGCAGAAAUUGCACAUUGUUACUCAGAGCUGCCUUUCUCACUCUAGGUUCUGAACACGACAUGGUAUGCCAAACUUCUUGAUGGAGCUGAUUUCUCAUCAUUCUCUUUGUUUGGGCUCAUUUUGCUUGAGAUUAGCUCUGUGCAGCAUGAAUUGUACUGAAUUGGCUGGUGAAUCAGAAAGUCAGCUUAAAGCUGUCAUGUGAAUUAUACUGAACUGUCCAGUAAAUCAGAAAGUCACCUUAAAGCUGUAGCACAUGUGAAUUAACUGUUCAGUGAGAGACUUUCUCAUGUGGGUGCAAGACUGGCUUUGCUGACAUGAGUUCACCACUGCUGCACUUCUUCAGUUCUCCCCAAUUACUGGUAAUGCCAUGCUAGUUUCUGGGGGAAAAUUCAGAAAAAGUUACAAGCAAAAUUUAAUAAGAUAUAAUGAAUUAGAGAAGUGCAAUAUUUUUUUUACUCAUCCAGACCAGGUAAAUGAAUUAUGGUAAAUCUGUUAUCACUGAUGUUCACAAUGCAUAUAGAAGAACUAGCUGAACAUGCAUCAAGGGACAAAACAUCAACAGUCACUGGCUGUAUUCUACUUGUCAAGCAUUGAUGAUUGUCAGCAGCACCUGGUAACAUACAUGAGGAUGAUUGUCAGCAGCACCUGGUACAACAUCCACAACCUGAAGCAUAAGAUUGAUGAAAGACAUCAUUUGGUGGUUAGUCUUCAUGUUAUCCUACCAGUCACUGGUGGUGGCAUACAUGUACCUGUACAUACAGCUAACAUAACAGGCCUAUCUUUAAAGCAUGCCUUUUGCCUAAAACAAAAAUAGACUACAUGUAUAAACCUGUCACUGUGAAGUAGAUAAAACAGCUGCUGUAAUACUUGCUUCUGUUAGUUAUUCCUUCCACCGUCCUCAACUUUGUCUCCUGAUAUUUUCUAAGAUCUCCUUCCACGGGAAGAUUCAUUUUGUGAUCAUCUCAUUUGUGUCCUUAAAUGUGUCCUUACAGUCACAUUUUUGUCUCAUUAUUCUCACACAUUUGACCUUCACUUAUCAGUACGAUCUGAUGUCCUCCUAAAGUGUUUUUUAUCUUUCUUCUCCCACUUCUUCAAAAGCCAUCUGAAGGGUUUAAUCUUUAUUUUUAUAUUUUUACGACAUUUUAGAAGUACAAGUAUUUCCUUAAUUUCUUCAUUUUGUUCUGAUAAAAAUAUUAUCCCCAAAUGGGCAGAGCUUUCUACAUGCCCAGUUCUUAUAGGUACAUAGCUCAUUUGAUGAUUUACAUGAAGCUAGUCAAUAACAUAAGCCAACAGAAACUCAAAGCCUUGGUGAUAUCGUGUAUUUAACAUUCGUAAUGUCAAGCAUCUGCAGUCAGAAAAAAAUGACAUACUUGUCCUCAUUAUGUUACUGUUUCUUAUUUUGACUCUGUUUUGAACUUGUGCAUUAUUGUAAUGUUUUUUUGCAUUUUGUUUGUUAAUUUGUAUCUUUCUGGAAAAAGGAGAAAAAAAGACUCAAAAGAUUUUUUUGACAUGCCACACCUACCAUUACUAAAAUGCCAGUUAAAAUAAUAUUACAGCUUUUCAUAAUAACUAUCAACUGUUCUCAUGGUUGCACACCUUCACUAAGGGGCAAUCUUUUAUGGUUAUUUGUUCAUGGCUUAAUAAUGAGAGUUUACCCACAUACUGUUUGCAUCUAUUAUUGUUAAAUCUAGUUGAUUAUUUUUUAAGGACAAAAAACAUUCUGUGAUACACAUACCAUUGAAGCAGAUGAUAGUCUGUGUAUUUUCUUAGCAAAAUAUGCACCGCUUGCACAGUUCUAGAUAAAUAAGUAUCUGGACUGCAUUCUCCAACAUAUUUUUGUGUAGCUGAAGAUUACUAAUACUGCAAUGUAUAGACAGUCUGGUGGGUAUAUAUAUAAACCUGUUUGCGUGGGGAAGUGUGUGUGAGAAAGGAUGUAUGCAAGAAUAAAAAGUGCAAGAUACUUUUAAAAAACAAUGUUUAAACGGUCUUUCCAAGUAUUGUUGUCAGCUUUGUAUGACAUAAACUUUAUAAGAUUAAACCUUGGGUGGAGAAAACU